UGGAAAACAGACUUCAGCAUAGGUUCAUUACUGCCACCUACUGGGCUGGAGUGUUCAUCAGAGUUACUGGUGUGCCAGAAAUUAGGGAACUGAGAAAGGCGCGAUUAAAUGCGUUAAUUUAUUUAACGCAUUUUUUUGGGUGCAAUUAAUUAAUCAAAAUUAACGCGUUAAAGUCCCAGCCCUAAAAUUAACUUACAUAGAUAGCAAGUACAGUGCAUGACAUCUAAGAAACAUAAACACCAGUAUGUGAAUGAUUUAUUUCCAUGGCUAUUGCUAAUGGCAUCAAAAAGUAAAGGUAAUUGUUUACGUUGAUGUAGUUUGUGUAUUGUGUCUUCUUUUAGGUGUGUGCGGAUCACAGACACCGGCUUAGGCUACUUGUCCACCAUGUCAUCAUUAAGAAGCCUCUACCUGCGCUGGUGCUGUCAGGUGCAAGAUUUUGGACUGCAGCAUUUGUUUGGAAUGAGAAGUCUUCGUCUGUUGUCUCUUGCUGGAUGCCCCCUGCUGACCACCACUGGUCUAUCAGGCCUCAUCCAGCUGCAUGAACUGGAGGAGCUAGAGCUGACCAACUGCCCUGGUGCCACUGCUGAGCUCUUCAAAUACUACUCUCAGCACCUGCCCCACUGUAUGGUCAUCGAGUAAGACCACUGACUGAGCCCACGACUAACAGAUCACCAUACCUUCCUCCUCUUUUUCCUCCCUCAAUCUUUUCUUAAAUGCCUAAACCCAGGAUACUGGACUGCUCCUACUGUACCACUUUGUUCCUCUUUCCUGACCCCAAACCCUGCCUGUCUUCCUCCACACCCCAUUAAGCAGACUGACCAACAGGCAGACAGAGAGGCAGGAAGGUAGAUAAUGGAAUGUGCCAGACCCAGUGGAUAAUGGCUUGCCAUUUGAGCUUCAUUUAAGAAGAUGCUGGAGUGAAGAGCUUGGUGUGACGUCUUGUCUGACAGCAAGUUUCUUUUCCACAAUCAACAAAAGGUUUUUACAGAGGAGAGCUUCUAUAGACUUUGACGAUUUUUUUAAAAAACUGAAUGGUUACUGAAGGGAGUGAAAUAUGCUGAUCCAGAUGCAGCAUUGAGGAAAUCCAUAAAAUGGAGACUGUGGUGUUUUAGCAGCUGGAACUCACAUAUUCACGCAUACACUGUAAACACACACAAACAUAUUGUAUAUGGUAAGUGAAGCAAAUGUAAAUCCUCAAGAUCACGAAUAUGUAAUUUUAGAUUGACUUCCAUAACUGUAUGUAAUAUAGUCACUAUUUCAUUCUUUCUCCCAGAAGGCAUCAAAGGUUCAGUUUUGUCUUGUUUAGAGAACUACACAAUAUGCCAGCUUGGGAAACAGGAAAUAGACGGAACUAAAGAUGCAGUUCAAGAAGUGAAUUGCAGAGAUGGAAAAGCUCACUCUCUCAUUCUCUUUUCUUUAGUGCGUGAAAUGUGUUUCAUGGACUCAGAACUUCCCAUCUUUUUGGGGCACCACCGCCUUUUCUCAUUUCCGUGUCUUAUCAGAAAUUAAAAAAGAAGAAGAAAAAGAAGAAAAAGAAAAUUUAAAUUUGAAAAGCAACUGCAUAAACAGGCGUUUUGUUGCACGCUUGAAUGACUGGAUUGAUUAUUGUUUUAUUGUGGUCUUUUCUUCAGUUAUUGUACACAUAUUUAAUUUACAGAUCUGGUGGAGAAACUUUUGUAAAUGGUGUGUUGUUGAGACAGUUCAACGUGAUUAAGCAGUGGAUCAAUUGAAAAGUAUAUUUUGCAGAAAGCAUUUUACCUUAGUCCUAAAGUAGUGUCUGCUAAGGAUAAAAUGUUUUUCUUCAAAUGAUGAAUAGAACAGAGCCAUGAAUUACAAACAAAUCAACUGUGGGGCUUCAACUGACAGUGAUAACUUGAUACUUCUGAACUUCAACUAAUAAACAACUUAAGUUAGCUAAGGGACCAGGGAAGAGAUCUGUCUGUUGGUAAGAAUGCCAUCUUCAAAUUGAAGCCACAUCUGCUUUUGGAACUCAAAAUUUCUUUUCAUCUUUUCAAUGAUGAUAGAAAUAUAUGAUAUUUAGUAUUUGAAUUUUGAUUUAGGCAACUCUGACACAGCUAAUGUAAAAUUUGACACAAUUUGCUAUUGCCAAGUUAUCUCAAAGGCAAUGAAGUGGGCAAUUUCAGUAUUUAUUAAAAAAGCAACUCUUACAGUGUCCACUACAGGCGAAGGUCAGAAAUAAGCAGGAGCUCAGGGCUCUUGUAUAAUGGCAAUUUUUAAAUGACAAUUUAGUUUGUGGGAAUUUUAUAACUUUUCCUACUAAUCCACAGUCAGAGAAAUUCAUGAUAGAUCUGAGAUUGUAGUCACUUAAUUGAAGUCAAGAGGAUUACACAAUAGAUUUUAUUUGCUGUAUAAUGUUUCCUUUAUCACUGCAAACCAAGAAUUAGUCUAUAUGUCACUGAACACAACAAAUUGCCUCUUUUAUUGCAAGCUUGACCAGCGAUUUUAUUAGUACUAAUAACAAUUGUAAUCAUGAAGUCACUAGUUGAAAUUAGUAGAUGGUCACAGAAUGCAUCAAGGCCAUUACAAGAAAAUAUGACUAUUAGCAGACAAACAUCAGACAAGUGUUGUGAACAAACAUGUUGUGCAGAUGUGUUUUGAAGAAAAAGUUGAAUGUGGAUAUUAUGAUGAAUAGCCAAACCCACGUUAUAAUAAACCAUAUUUAGAACUGAGAUUAUCGUACACAUCUGUAAACUUGGUUGAUCUAGGCAAAGCAGUACAUUCAACAUUGUUUUAUUUUGCCAAAUUUAUACACAAUACAAAGUAUCUGAAAAUGUCUGACUCUAGGUAAGUUGGAAACAUAGUAAGGUUUCCCAUAAACCAAAAAACUUUCAAGUCAGCAGUCAUGUUUUUCCACCAACUAUCGUAAAAUUAAAAGAAAAUGGAUGCAGCCAACAGUGAACAACUGUCCUGCUUUUUGCCUUGUGUGUCCCCUUAUGCACUGACCCCCAACUGAAGGGACUGGGUAAGUGUCAGCCAAUAUCAGGUUGUGCCAAAUGCAUCUGGCUGCACAUAAAGUGUGGCUGGUUGCUUCUAGCUGAUUGCUGACUACAAGGAAACAGAGUACUACAUAGAAAAGGCAGACCAUACAUGAUUUUAGCUGAUCUGCAGUUUCAGAAUAGUUCAUUUCUGAUGUUGUUUAGUAUCUCUUAAGUGUACAUAAGUAUAUUUAUUUCUUCAUGUAUUUAUUUAUUUAUUUAAAUUAAUUUGUGUCUUAUUUACUUAUUCAUUUAUUUAUUGACGAGACAUUUUCCAACCAUUUUUGGUUUUGUUUUGGACCUUGCCUCAGGUUUGGGCUUAAGUAAGUGUAUUCAUUGAUUGUUGUUGUUGUUGUUGUUAUUAUUAUUAUUAUUAUUAUUAUUAUUAUUAUUAUUAUUAUUAUUAUUAUUAUUAUUGUUAUUAUUGUCAUGCUAUGACAUUCAGGCCCCUAGGUAAAAUACUCUGCUGAGUACACAUUGAACAUACACUUGUAAACACCAGUGAACUGUAACAUCAUUAACAAUGACUAAAAGUUUCAAAUUUUCAUAAUACACAACAGUAUAUUUUCCUCUGUGCAAGUCUGUGUUAACUUUGUAUUGCUGUUUGGUCCCUUCUAUAAGAAUAAGGCUACAAACAGUGGUGACAUAAUUAUUGUCAUUGUCCUGAAUGUGACAGCAAAAUACAGAUUAUGAUAUGCAUAAAGGCAUUUGAAGUCUGAGAUCAGCCUCUCUCAUGGCCAAGCAAUGUUUACACUGUCUAAUAGUAUGAACAAGGAUCUCUGAAGCUUGAAGAGUCUAUGGAAACAUAUUAUGAACAAAGCUAUUGACCCUAAAACAACUGUCAGUAAGUUUUGAACACAAUUUGAAAAGCUGGCUUUGUGGUCACUACCAUUGUUUUUGAUAAGUUCAAGACUGGUGUUCUGAUUUUGUUUUUAGCCUACCUAUGUACUUAAGUGGAAUCUGAUAUUUAUGCAACACCUUAAUCAUUAAUGGUGGCCAAAACCUGUAAAUAGCACUUACAAGUGUUCACUGCUGUGGUCUCUACUUGAAGAUCACUUGUGCCACACUCAUUGCCAAGAGUUUUUUGCUUUAAGUUUAUGUCCACUUUAUGAUAAUUAUCAUUAAAUUAAUUGGUUGUGGCUUAUAAAAUUCUACUUAAGUUUUGGUUUGUGUGAAGUAAAGACAAAAUUAAGUGCCCCCCCAACACACACACACACACACACACACACACACACACACACACACACACACACACACACACACACACACACACACACACACACACA